CCGUUGGCACUGCAAAUCAACAAGUCCAAAUAAUAUUGCCCGACACGUCAUUCGACACACGGAAAACAUAAAUAUUUGUAUUCAAUUCAGGGAUUCAGGGACUUUACGCGAGAUCUUCCCAAAUAAAUCAUUUGGGGUUUUCCAAAAACCAGCUUAUACGCUUUUGCUGUCACGGCUUGUGGGAUUUUGGCCCUGCUGCAGACGAUGGAACCGGUAAAAGCAGAGGGUAUGUACACCAUUGUGGGUCCCGGAACCAUCCACUCCCACCGGGACUACAAUGUGGCCGUGGCUGUUCAUCAGACCAAGGAGCCCGUCACCCUUAAAGUGGGCAUCACUGGACCCUCCUACAAUGAAACUGAAACCGUGGAAUUAGCCACUGCCGAUGAAUUCAAACAGAUCACCUUCAAACUGCCUCCGUUGGAGUCGGGUGAAUAUAAUCUGACGGCGGAGGGCGUCAAGGGACUGGAGUUCAAGAACUCCACCAAGUUGAACUGGGAAAACUUCAAGCCAUACAUCAAAAUCCAGACCGACAAGGGAAAGUACAAGCCCGGUGAUACCAUCAACUAUCGAGUGAUCUUCCUGAACGAGAACCUGCUGCCGGAUACCGCCGAGGAUGAAGUGGUGGUUUGGUUUGAGGACUCCAAGAGGAAUCGCAUCAAACAGGAGAAACACAUUAAAACCACAGGUGGCGUCUACACUGGCAAAUUCGAGCUCUCCGAGUUCGCCACAUUGGGCUCCUGGUCCCUUCAGGUUCAGAACGGAGAGCAGCAGUCAGACGGAGGCAUUUACUUUGGUGGUCGGAGACCAUUCGGAGGAUUUGGUCACAGCUGGCGUCGGUCGGAUGAGCGGGUUAACUUUGAAGUGGAGAAGUACGUGCUGCCCAAGUAUUCCGUCAAAAUGGAUGCCACGCAGCAGGUUUCGGUGCGAGAUGGCGAGUUCAAUGUCGUCCUGAAGGCCAACUAUACCUAUGGUAAACCAGUGAAUGGUAAAGUUCUUGUCAAUGUCCAUCUGGAUUCGACGAGCAUUUGGCAGAAUGUGGAUGGCAAGACAGUGCAAACGGACUACCCCGGACAUUCUGUUGUUGGAACCGCCGACAUGGUCGGUGGCAAGGCGAAGUUGACCAUGGAUCUCAAGGACUUCGCCAGUUAUCUGCCGCACAAGACCUCGUCUUCAUAUGCCCAGAUUACGGCCACCGUGGAGGAAGACUUCACCGGCGUGAAGCUUAAUGAAACAAGCGGUGUGCAGCUGUAUCCCUAUCGGUAUGAGAUGUCCUGCACUGACUACUCCACCUGCUUCUCCUUCAAACCCGACAAGGAACACGAACUUAACUUUAAGAUUACAUAUGUCGACGGUACACUUAUUACAGAUUCCAAGUCUGUUGUGAAGGCCAAGUUCACUGAAGGAAUUCGACGCAAUUAUGGUUUCUAUAACUUUGGAGUUGAUCAUCAAGAACCGGAAUUGCCCAAGAUUGAGAAAAAAACGUUCGUGUUUGAGAGCCAUUUGAAUAAGUCCAGUGUGGCGCCUUUCAAGGUGGUUCUUCCCGAUUUGCCGGAUAUCGCCAACUUUACUCGUUACUAUAGCAUUGAGUUAGAGUUUGUCGAUGAAACACGAGAGCUGUACACCACCUAUCCCUACAGGGAACCAAAAAAUAUUGAGAAUCCCAGCACUGAAGAGGAAAAGGAGUGGUUCAGGGCCGAAGUGCAGAGGCCCAAAGAUGUCUGGAACCUUAAGAUCGGUCAGGAGUAUCAAGUAACCCUCAACUCAAGUCGACCGCUCAAUUACUUUGUGUACAACAUUGUGGGACGUGGAAACAUAUUAGAAACGAAACGUGUGGAUCUCGCGGAACCCCAAAAGACAGUCAACGUCACCAUAAAGCCUUCUUUCCUCACUGCACCCAAUGGUCGGGUGUACUUCUACUACGUGGACGAGACUGGAGAGUUCCGAUAUGCCGAGGAAACAUUCAGUGUGGAGGUGGAACUGCAGAACCAAAUUGAAAUCAAGGCUCCCGAGGAAGUGAAACCGGGUGCCGACGUUGCACUGGAGAUCAAGACGCCGGCAAAGUCGUUCGUUGGUUUGUUGGCCGUCGAUCAGAGUGUCCUCCUGCUGGGCAACAACAACGAUUUGAACAAGGAAUCUUUCAACUGGCGUCUAAAUGGCUAUGACACCUCCACUCCCUGGCAGGGUGGAUACUCCUACUACCCCGGAGAACGGUCUGGAGUCGUGACGAUGACAAAUGCCUAUUUCUUCUAUAAUCGCACCGCUCCCGUCUACCAUACACAAGGAUUUGGUGGAAGCAGUUUCGCCGUAAGGAAGACAGCAGUGGCACAAGACAGUCCAGUAUUCCACUCCACGACCGCCGCCCUUGGUGCUGCAGCACCUCAAGCCGAGGGAUUCUCCGCCGAUAGUGCAUCUGCAGCGCCAGUAGUGCGAAAGAAUUUUGCAGAGACCUGGAUCUUUGCCGAUAUCGAAAGCACUGAGGAGGAGGUCUUCAAGUGGGUGAAGACCAUACCCGACACGAUCACUAAUUGGGUGGUCACUGGUUUUUCACUGCAUCCGCAGAAGGGAUUGGGUGUCACCAAUGAUCAGACACACAUCAAGACAUUCCAGCCGUUCUUUGUCUCCGUACGAUUGCCCUACUCUGUGAAGCGAGGUGAGGUGAUCAAUGUACCGGCUCUGGUGUUUAACUAUCUGCCCAAGACACUGGACGUGGAACUGACGCUGGACAACGAGGAUCAAGAAUACGACUUUGUGGAUGCCUCGAAUGAGGUGAUUGGUGACCAGAAGCGUACGCAGAACAUCAGAGUGGGAGCCAACGAAGCGGCUGGAGCCUCAUUUUUGAUCCGACCCAAGGUCAUUGGAAAUAUUUUGCUUAAAUUCAAGGCUAUCUCACCACUGGCCGGAGAUGCUAUACACAAGCCGCUAAAGGUAAUCCCCGAAGGUAUUACCCAGUACCAGAACAGGGCAUUCUUUAUCAAUCUUAAGGAUACGGGUGAGUUUAAUAACACCUUCGAGCUGGAAGUGCCGGAAGAUGUGGUUCCCGAUUCCGAGCAUGUGGAAUUCGGAUUGGUGGGCGAUCUCUUGGGACCAGUGGUCAAGAACCUUGAGAACCUUUUGCGAUUGCCCAGCGGUUGUGGUGAGCAGACCAUGUCCAAAUUGGUGCCCAACUAUCUGGUGAGGGAUUACCUGAAGAGCAUCAAGAAACUCACACCUGCCUUGGACACUCGCAUCAAGAGAAAUCUCCAGGAGGGCUACCAGAAUAUGUUGCACUAUCGCCACGACGACGGCAGCUUCAGCUCCUUUGGGCCCACCAAGUGGAGGGAAGAGGAUCCGGUGCGCAAUGGUUCCACCUGGCUGACAGCCUAUGUCCUGCGAUCGUUUAGCAAGAUCAAGGAUAUAGUUGACCUGGAUGAGCAGUUCUUGGCCAAGGGCUACGACUUCCUACUAACUCGCCAGGCAGAAAAUGGAAGCUUCACGGAACAUGGAGAAUAUUUUUAUGGCUCCCAGCGAUCUCUAUUGACCUUGACCGCAAAUUCCUUGCUUGCCCUGCUGGAGGAGGAAAAACCGAACCAGGCUGCUAUUGACAAGGCAGUAGCCUACCUAAGCGCUAACACCGCAGGGUCUACAGAGCUUCUGCCAAAAUCUAUUGCCAUUUAUGCCCUGCAAAGGGCUAAGGCGCCGGAAGCUGCCAAGCAGGUGGCCAGUCUUAAGUCCCUGGCCAAACAAGAGGACGAUCGCACAUGGUGGACCGAGGAUCUGGAUAAGCUACGUGCCUCCAAAAACUGCGGACGCUGGUGGUGUUGGGUUUGGAGUCAGGACGUGGAGAUCACAUCAUAUGCACUGCUUUCCCUUCUGGAAUCUGACCAGGAGACAGCCGACACUGUUCUGAACACCGUUCGCUGGUUGAUCGCCCAACGAAAUAGCUUCGGAGGAUUUGCCUCCACACAGGAUACGGUUGUGGGCCUCACCGCCCUCAUUAAGUUCGCAGAGAAGUCGGGCUACGAGGCGGCCAAAUGGGAGGUGACCGUUUCCAACAAGGGAAAGCGUGAAAAGUCCGAGAAGCUCACCACAUCGGAGGAAAACGACCUGCUGCUCCAGACUGUCGAGUUCCCACAGGGCACCAAGUCGCUUGAGUUUAAGGCCAAGGGCACUGGAGCUGCUAUGGUCCAGAUAAGCUACCAAUACAACGUGGUGGAGAAGGAGCCGAAGCCUAGCUUCAAGGUUCAGACCACCGUGUUGCCGGAAUCGUCGCCAGCCAAACUGGAAUUAAGCGUUUGCGUGGACUACGUGGAGGAGGGCAAGUCCAAGGAAUCCAACAUGGCCAUCCUUGAGGUAUCCCUGCCAUCUGGUUAUACUGCUGAUGCAGAUAGCUUUAAUGACAUCCGAGACAUCGAACGUGUGCGGUUGGUGGAAACCAAGAACGGUGACUCCGUGGUAGUUAUAUACUUCGAGAAUCUGGCCAAGAACGAAAACCAAUGCAUUCCCAUAGAGGCCUACAGAACCCAUGCGGUGGCCAACCAGAAGCCAUCUUCGGUGGUCCUCUACGAUUACUAUGACACGAACAAGAAGGCCACCGAAUACUACUCCAUCGAGUCGAAGCUUUGCGACAUUUGCGAGGGUGACGAGUGCAAGAGCAAGUGCUAGAGUAUCCAAACCAAACGAACCAAUAAUACUUUCUAUCCUUACUUCAAAUAAAAUUGUGAUUAUAAUGUAUAUACAAAA